AAGCCCCACUCUCAUAAACCUCCUGUGUCUUCUAAAACCUCUCGCGUCGAGCCCUCACCGGCGACGAUCGCGUCUCCGUCGUCGUCGACGGCGAUCUAAGGUCACUGACUUUGCUGGGGUAAGCUGGAUUCUGUGCUUUAACUGAACCAUGGUUUUACUAUCAUAUCCAGCCAGCUCUGACUUUCCGGUUACACAGUUUUACAGCAUCAUCCUAGACUUGGAAUUGUGCUGUUCUUUUACAUUUUGCAAAGGUUGAGGUUUCCAAGACAUCGAUUCCAGCAAUAUAAUAAAUGUCUGCCAUGGAUUUAAAAUUUAAAGGUAUAGCCUGGGUUGGGAACAUAUAUCAGAAGUUUGAGGCUAUAUGCCAGGAGGUUGAUAAUAUAGUGAGUCAGGAUCCAGUUAAGUAUGUUGAAAACCAGGUCCAGACAGGUUGUGAAAGUAUGAAAAAGUUCUGUUCUGAUGUUGUGCAAGAGUUACUUCCUUCUUCAGUGGAUCCUGUAGAACAUGAAGCUGAAGCAGUGCCUCUGAAACAAAAUGAUGAGAACAGAACCUAUAUAAAGUCAUUGACAGGUAUUGAGGAAAAUCUUGUAGAUAUUGAUUUUAAAGAGUUAUCUGUGGGUCUGGAUGCAUUUGGUCCCAUGGAGAAAGUAUGGGCUGAUGGAUUAUCUUUCAGUGGGCUUCACCUUGUUGUAGAUGAACUGAUGCCUGAACUUUCUAUGAAUUCCAUUGAAGGAGAAGAGUUCAGCUUGUCUUUAGGAGAAAAUGGCGAUGUUCCAAUAUAUGAAAACCCAGAUGUGGAUGUUGAAGAAAAUUUCAAGAAGGAGAAGCCAUCUUCACAUCAAGUUUUGGGGUUAAACUCAUGUGGUGAGAAAGAUUUUUGUGAACCAUCAUUGUCCAGUGAAUAUGUGGACGAAAAUCAUGAAAAUGCACAGGAUCCAGUUAAGCAUGUUGAAAACCAGGUCCAGACAGGAGGUGAAAGUAUGAAAAAGUUCUGUUCUGAUGUUGUGCAAGAGUUACUUCCUCCUUCAGUGGAUCCUGUAGAACAUGAAGCUGAAGCAGUGCCUCUGAAACAAAAUGAUGAGAACAGAACCUAUAUUAAGUCAUUGACAGGUAUUGAGGAAAAUCUUGUAGAUACUGAUGCUAAAGAGCUACCUGUGGAUCUGGAUGCAAUUGGUCCCAUGGAGAACGCAUGGGCUGAUGGAUUAUCUUUCAGUGAGCUUCACCUUAUAGUUGAACUGAUGCCUGAACUUUCUAUGAAUUCCAUUGACGGAGAAGAGUUCAGCUUGUCUUUAGUAGAGAAUGGUGAUGUUCCAAAAUAUGAAAACCCAGAUGUGGGUGUUGAAGAAAAUUUCAAGAAGGAGAAGCCAUCUUCACAUCAAGUUUUGGGGUUAAACUCAUGCGGUGAGAAAGAUUUGUAUGAACCAUCAUUUUCCAGUGAAUCUGUGGACAAAAAUCAUGAAAAUACGCAGGUGAUUCUAUCUGAGGUUUCACCUGUUUGUUCGGUUCAUGGUGAAGGGUUGAAAUCACAUGAAGAAUUGGGAAGUAACUGUGCAGUUGAAACUGAGUUUGUUUCUGACUAUUUGAAUGAUCCCUUGUCUUCUGAACUAGCCUGUUCGGUUGAAUCUUGUGAGGACAAAGCAUCUGCUUGUUCAGUUUAUGGUGAAAGGUUCCGAUCCCUCCAAAAAAUAGGAACAACUUCUGAUAACCCUACAAAUGAAACUAAGUGCAUUUCUGAUCAUUUGAGUAUGGUCUGGUCUUCUGGACUGGCCUCUUCAGUUGAGUCUUGUGAGAUCAAAACGCCUACUUGUUCUGUUCAUGGUGAAGAGUUUCAAUCCCUCCAAAAUGUGGGAAAGAUUUGUAGUAACUCUGCUGAUGAAACUGAGUCUAUUUCUGAUCAUUUGAGUACUCUCUGGUCUUCUGAAUUAGCCUUUUCAGUUGAAUCUUGUGAGAAAAAAACACCUGGUUGUUCAGUUCAUGGUGAAGGGUUCCAAUCCCCCCAAAAAUUGGGAACAACUUGUAGUAACUCUGCAGAUGAAACUGACUCUGCAUCUGAUCCGUCAAAUCCUCUCCUAUCUGCUGAACAAGUCCUUUCAGUUGAAACUUGCGGCAACAAAGCCCUUGUGUGUUCAGCUCAUGGUGAAGGGUUCCAAUCCCCUCAAAAAUUUGGAACAACUUGUAUUAAAUCUGCAGAUGAAACUGACUGUGCAUCUGAUCCUUUGAAUCCUCUCCUGUCUGCUGAACAAGUCCUUUUAGUUGAAAUUUGUGAGAACAAAGCACCUGCUUGUUCGGUUCAUGGUGAAGGGUUCCAAUUGCCCCAAAAAUUGGGAACAAGUUGUAGUAACUCUGCAGAUGAAACUGACUGUGCAUCUGAUCCUUCGAAUCCUCCCCUGUAUGCUGAACAAGUCCUUUUAGUUGAAACUUGUGAGAUCAAAACACCUGCUUGUUCAGUUCAUGGUGAGGGGUUCCAAUCUCCCCAAAAAUUGGGAACAAGUUGUAGUAACUCCGCAGAUGAAACUGACUGUGCAUCUGAUCCUUUGAACCCUCUCCUGUCUGCUGAACAAGUCCUUCCAGUUGAAACUUGUGAGAACAAAGCACCUGCUUGUUCAGUUCAUUGUGAAGGGUUCCAACCCCUGGAAAAAUUGGGAGCAAGUUGUAGUAACUCUGCAGAUGAAACUGACUCUGCAUCUGAUCCAUUGAAUCCUCUCCUGUUGACUGAACAAGUCCUUCCAGUUGAAACUUAUGAGAACAAAGCACCUGCUUGUUCAGUUCAUGGUGAGGGGUUCCAAUCCCCUGAAAAAUUGGGAAAAACUUGUAGUGACUCUGCAGAUGAAACUGGCUGUGCAUCUGAUCCUUUGAAUCCUCUCCCAUCUGCUGAACAAGUCCUUUCAGUUGAAACUUGUGAAAACAAGGCAGCUGCUUUAUCAGUUCAUGAUGGAGGGUUCCAAUCCUCCAAAAAAUUGGGAACAACAUGUAGUGAUUCUGAAGAUGAAACUGAUUGUGUUUCUGAUCGUUUGAGCACUCUUUUGUCCUCUGAACACUCUAGUGAGAACAAAAUAGCCAACAUGGAACUUGUUUACUCCAGUAAUUCCCUGGCAACAGAAGCUUAUGAUCUGUCCAAACUUUCACCAGCAAACUUUCUCAUUAAAGAAGAGAAAAUUUGUAAUCCAGUUGGGGAUGCUCUUUGUGUUCCUGAUGUCCCCAGCAAUCUUCCAUCUUUCAACUCAGUCCCUAUUGCACCCUACCUGAAUGGGUCGGCUGAGACAGGACAUGCUUCCCUCUGUGGUGUGGAAUCAAAUGGUUUAGACACCUCCAAAAUUAAUGACACAGCACCUCAGUCUGGGUCUACUGGAAAUAAGUGUGAUCAGAGCUGGGAGUCUACUCAAUUAGAGGCUUUUAUUUCUUUUCAACUUGCAGGACAGUCAGGUGACUCUGGUGAUGAUAUUUCUGGCAUGGAUACUAUUGAAUUAUCUGACAAGGUGGGGCCUGAAGAUGAAUGUGUCUUCGUGGACAACAAAGAACUUUAUGCUGUCUCUCGCAGACUGCGAGAGCUCAGAUCAUACAGGAAAAGAAUCCAGGAUGCUUUUACUUCAAAGAAGAGGAGAGCAAAGGAGUACGAACAGCUAGCAAUUUGGUAUGGAGAUGUGGAUGGAGGGUCCAGCCAAAACACACAAAAUCUUUUACCACCUUCCACCACCGAGCAGGUGCACAUAAAGAAACCUCCUACCCAUGAUUCAUGUGACUCCGAAUGGGAGCUUCUGUAAAUAAGACAAGAGGCACCUGUAGAUAACCUUGCAACCUACUGGUUUUGCAGCCCCUUGCCUGUGCAGAUGAACAUUUUGAUGACGAUGCCACUUGAUGUUAAUAAGUUAUUGUUGAAGUCCCUUUUUAGGGUAGAUAUAAUAAGUUAGUUAAACUGACAAUGAGCGGUAUUAUUUUUUUCUAAAUUGCAAAGCAAUUCCCUGCAUGAAUGUUUUUAUAAGUUAGCAAUAUCAGUAUGGACCCAGUUACAGA